CUGUCAAAAACAUUCCAACAGUAAUAGUAUGUAUGCUUUUACUCUAAUGUCUUAUAUACAAAUUAGCUUUCAAAAUACGUUAUCUGAUAUAAAAAAAAUAAUACGUUUAUUAUUUUAUAUAUUAAGUAACUUCGACGGAAAAAGCAUUUUGGGAAUUAUUUUUGUACGUUAAGGGCUUAAAACAUUUUUUCCAAUUUGAUCCUUAUGUUAAAUUCCCUUUGAUAUAAAUAGUUGGCAACCUAAUCAGCUGCUUUUACAUUUUUAUUCAUACCUUUUUGCCCAAUUUUUUCUGUCUUUAUUUUUGCUGUUAAAAGCAAAAUAAACAUUUGUGUAAACUUGACAAAUUACAAAUAUUUUAAAAUGGAGCAUAAAAUAAUAUUGAAAUGCCGUACUUGCUUAGAGGACAACGAAGAGGAUAACAUGUUUGAAUUAUUUAUAGAUAACGAUAUACGCGUUAACGGGCGGCAAAAAAAAUUGAAGCUUAGUAAAAAAAUUGAGUAUUGUUGUGGUGUGCGAAUUAGAGAAUCAACCGAUAUGCCAUCCAAGGUUUGUUGGAAGUGUUUCGAAAUGACGAGAAUAUGGUAUAACUUUCGACAAAUGUGCAUGAAUUCACAACUUUACUUGGAGAGUUUGUGUGAAGAUCGAAUGCGUCCAGAAGGCUCUGAUGAUGCGGAAUUUUUAGGAUAUCUAAUGGAAGAAUUGCAAGUACACCGUGAUAGAGUACAUGGUUCUUCCGACAGCUUAGAAUCAGAUACCGACGAUGAUGAAGAUAAUGAUGACCUUGGUUUAUUAGUAGAUGAAGACGAUGACGGAGACUUUAUAGAAUCAGAGAAUAAUUUAGAUCGCAGCAUUAAAUUAGAGACAGAACAAUUGGAAGAGAAAAAUUUCACUCAGACUGCAGAUUGUAAAGAAACCAACAAUACAGGAGUUGAGGCAGCCCAUGAAAAUGACCAAAAAAGCACGAAAUCACAAAAAAUUCAAAACACUAUCAAGUUUUCUAAUAAACGGGAUGUUAGUAGAAGACGUAUUUGUCGUCCACCAAGUCCAACAUCGUAUAUGUGUUACAUUUGUGGCAACGUUUACAACAAAAAAGCUACCUUUGCGUAUCAUAUGUCACUGCACAACAAUGUCAAACCACAUGAAUGCGAGCUCUGUGGUAAAUCGUUUCGCCAAAUAUGUGAAUUGAAGAAUCACAUGCGACGACAUACAGGUGAAAAACCUUACAAAUGUUCAUACUGUGAUCGCCACUUCAUUGAUCGAAGCGAGAAACACCGACAUGAGCGAGUACAUACAAAUACGCGACCAUAUAUAUGUAAUGUUUGUGGUAAAAGUUUUACAUAUUCCGCCAUACUGAAGAACCACUCAAAACUACACACAGGUAAAAAAGAUUUCAAUUGCAUGGUCUGUCAGAAAGCAUUUACUCUUCAGCAUCAACUAAAAGCACAUUUACAAACUAUGACCCAUAGACUGAAGGAAGCGCAUUACGUAUCUGAGGGAUAUGAGGUUGUUUACGAGUAGAUAUGCUUUGGUUAAUGCAUCGAGAAAUGUAUUCACAUUGUUUUAAAUACAUAAUAUAGUUCGGAAAAUAAAAGGCAGAUUUCUUUUAUAAAUUGUA